CUCUGGUACUGAUGGUAACGCAGGAAAUUGACUUCUCCGAUAAGGUCGCAAAAUGGAGUCCAUUCCAAGAACGCAUGAAGAUAUCGAGGCGCAAAUAAGGGAAAUUCAAUCGAAAAAAAAGGAGAUUUCGAACAAUGCAUCCGAAAAGGAGCAACAAGUCGGUUUGGGGAAAACUGGCUUUUAUGACCAAGACAUUUAUGAUGGCAGCAACAACAAAUUUGACGGCUAUGUUACAUCAAUCGCGGCAAACGAUGAAAUCGAGGAUUAUGAUCCAUUCGCAGACAGACGAAUUUCCACCUUAGCUGAUAAAAGAGAAGAGGAGAAGAAUUAUGAUCCGUUUGCAGAUAGACGAAGACCAACUAUAGCUGAUAGAGAAGAUGAAUAUAGACAGAAAAGACAGAGAAUGAUCAUCUCUCCUGAGAGAGUUGAUCCUUUUGCAGAAGGUGGCAAGACUCCUGAUAUUGGUUCCAGAACUUACACUGAGAUUAUGCGAGAACAAAUGCUUAAAGGUGAAGAAAUGGAGUUGAGAAAAAGAUUAGCAGAAAAGGCAAAAGAUGGUACCCUAAAAGCUAAUGGUGAAUCUAAAUUAGCACCAAAGAAGAGAGGACGUUGGGAUCAAACAGAUGAUGCUCCAGCAACAAAGAAGUUAUCUAGCGUUGCAGCAACACCAACUUGGGAUAAUGCAGAUGUGACACCAGCUGCUAUUAGGUGGGAUGAAACUCCGGGACAUGGUAAAGGAGCAGAAACUCCUGGAGCUACUCCAGGAGUGAGUACAAGAAUGUGGGAUGCAACACCAGCUCACGCAACACCAGGAGCUGCUACGCCGGGUAGAGAAACACCCUCUCAUGAAAAAACCGUGACAAGUCGAAGAAACCGCUGGGAUGAAACUCCGAAAACCGAACGAGAAACUCCUGGACAUGGCAGUGGCUGGGCAGAGACUCCAAGAACUGAUCGAGUCGCUGGAGACUUGAUACAGGAAACCCCGACGCCUUCAGCAAGCAAAAGGCGAAGUCGAUGGGAUGAAACACCAUCGAAUCAAACACCUGGCUCGAUGACGCCACAAACUCCGGCGACGCCUCUCACUACACCCCAUCAAGCGACGAUACUGACUCCAAGUGCCGUCACACCGACGGGUCCGAAAGCAAUGGGUCUGGCUACUCCGACUCCGGGACAUUUGAUGUCUAUGACACCCGAACAACUGCAGGCAUAUCGCUGGGAACGUGAGAUAGAUGAGCGAAAUAGACCUCUAUCGGAUGAGGAACUGGAUGCGAUGUUUCCACCUGGAUACAAGAUAUUACAGCCACCGGCAGGAUACAUACCUAUCCGUACGCCCGCUAGGAAGCUCACAGCAACACCAACACCCAUUGCUGGCACACCUCAAGGUUUCUUUAUUCAAACGGAAAACAAAGAUGCCAAAUACAUGGACAAUCAACCGAAAGGCAAUUUACCGUUUAUGAAACCAGAAGACACGCAAUAUUUUGACAAGUUGUUAGUCGAUGUUGACGAAGAAACAUUGAGUCCUGAGGAACAAAAAGAGAGAAAAAUUAUGAAACUUUUACUAAAGAUAAAGAACGGAACUCCUCCUAUGCGAAAAGCUGCUUUGAGACAAAUUACUGAUAAGGCGAGAGAAUUCGGAGCUGGUCCCCUCUUUAAUCAGAUUCUUCCACUUCUCAUGUCACCUACUCUGGAGGAUCAAGAACGUCACUUGUUGGUCAAAGUUAUUGAUCGUAUUCUGUAUAAACUGGAUGAUUUAGUACGGCCGUACGUGCAUAAGAUUCUCGUCGUCAUCGAACCUCUUCUAAUCGAUGAAGAUUACUAUGCUCGCGUCGAAGGUCGAGAAAUUAUUUCGAAUUUGGCAAAGGCCGCUGGUCUGGCUACAAUGAUUUCCACAAUGAGACCAGAUAUCGAUAAUAUCGACGAAUACGUACGUAACACAACAGCAAGAGCAUUUGCCGUUGUCGCUUCUGCUCUUGGAAUACCUUCACUUCUGCCAUUCUUGAAAGCCGUUUGUCGCAGCAAGAAAUCGUGGCAAGCACGACACACUGGUAUCAAGAUCGUACAACAAAUUGCUAUCUUAAUGGGUUGCGCUAUUUUGCCACACUUGAAGAGCUUGGUGGAAAUUAUAGAACACGGUCUGGUGGACGAGCAACAAAAAGUACGAACUAUUACUGCGUUAGCUAUCGCUGCUUUGGCUGAAGCUGCAACACCAUACGGUAUCGAAAGCUUCGACUCGGUGCUAAAACCCCUGUGGAAAGGUAUCCGAACGCAUAGAGGUAAAGGUCUAGCUGCGUUUUUGAAGGCUAUCGGUUAUCUCAUACCUCUGAUGGACGCAGAAUAUGCGAAUUAUUACACUAGGGAAGUAAUGUUAAUUCUUAUACGCGAAUUCCAGUCUCCUGAUGAAGAGAUGAAAAAGAUCGUGUUGAAGGUAGUCAAACAAUGUUGCGCGACAGAUGGUGUGGAAGCUCAGUACAUAAAGGACGAAAUUCUGCCUCACUUCUUCAAACACUUUUGGAAUCAUCGUAUGGCAUUGGAUCGUCGAAAUUACAGACAGCUUGUGGACACAACCGUGGAAAUAGCCAACAAAGUGGGCGCAUCAGAGAUUAUAAACAGAGUAGUGGACGAUUUAAAGGACGAAAAUGAACAGUAUAGAAAAAUGGUGAUGGAAACAAUCGAGAAAAUAAUGGGCAAUUUGGGAGCGGCGGAUGUCGACUCUCGUUUAGAGGAACAGCUGAUCGAUGGAAUUCUCUACGCUUUUCAAGAACAAACAACAGAGGAUGUUGUCAUGCUGAACGGUUUUGGUACUAUCGUGAAUACGCUAGGUAAGAGAGUAAAGGCGUAUCUUCCCCAAAUAUGCGGUACGAUCUUGUGGAGAUUGAACAACAAAUCUGCAAAAGUCCGACAACAAGCUGCGGAUCUUAUUUCGCGUAUUGCCGUGGUAAUGAAGACUUGUCAAGAGGAAAAAUUGAUGGGACACUUGGGAGUUGUCUUGUAUGAAUAUUUAGGCGAGGAAUAUCCGGAAGUACUGGGUAGCAUCUUGGGAGCGUUAAAAGCCAUCGUGAACGUUAUAGGAAUGACCAAAAUGACACCGCCUAUCAAAGAUCUUUUACCGAGACUCACGCCUAUUCUGAAAAACAGACAUGAGAAAGUGCAGGAAAAUUGUAUCGACCUCGUGGGUAGAAUCGCGGAUCGAGGUCCUGAGUACGUUUCUGCUCGAGAAUGGAUGAGAAUAUGCUUUGAACUGUUGGAAUUGCUGAAAGCGCAUAAAAAGGCCAUCAGAAGAGCGACAGUAAAUACGUUUGGUUAUAUUGCCAAAGCUAUUGGGCCGCACGAUGUCUUAGCGACGCUUCUAAACAAUUUGAAAGUCCAGGAACGUCAGAAUCGUGUUUGCACCACGGUCGCUAUUGCUAUUGUUGCUGAAACUUGCAGUCCUUUUACAGUAUUGCCCGCGUUGAUGAACGAAUAUAGAGUACCUGAGUUGAAUGUGCAGAACGGAGUGUUGAAAUCUUUGUCGUUUUUGUUCGAAUACAUCGGUGAGAUGGGUAAAGAUUACAUCUACGCCGUUAGUCCAUUGUUGGAAGAUGCGCUCAUGGAUAGGGAUUUAGUACACAGGCAGACUGCGUGCGCCGCCAUUAAACACAUGGCAUUAGGCGUUUACGGAUUUGGAUGCGAAGAUGCGUUAAUCCACUUACUGAAUCAUGUGUGGCCCAAUGUUUUCGAGACGUCGCCGCAUUUGGUGCAAGCCUUUAUGGAUGCUGUGGACGGACUACGCGUUGCACUUGGUCCAAUUAAGAUACUGCAGUACACAUUACAGGGUUUAUUCCAUCCGGCUCGCAAAGUUCGCGACGUAUACUGGAAAAUAUAUAAUUCCCUUUACAUAGGUGGACAAGAUGCUCUUGUGGCUGGUUAUCCUCGAAUCAUGAACGAUCCAAAGAACCAGUACAUAAGAUAUGAAUUAGAUUAUGUAUUGUAAUAGACACUGUUUAGCUGGAAAGAUACACACACAUAUAUAUAUAUAAUAAUUUCUAAUAAUUUAUAAUAAUCAUUCGUGUGUAAUAAGAACAGUUUUCUCUGAAGAAUGACGGUUUGGAUGAGUUACUCAAAACUAUAAAAUUGAAACCUUCUGUCAUAAAAAAUAUCUUAGUAAAAAAAUACAAUUAAAUUUGUGGAUUCAGUAAAUAACUUUAUAGAAGAAGAGGAGAUGUUCAAUGCAAAUGCUGACAAGUUAGAUUUGUUUUAAUGUAGAAACGUAAGUAAUGUUACUUUAUAAAAACGGAUGAAUAUAAAAUAUGAUAUGCGAUUCGUGUAAAACUUGAUGGGCUUUAUAUUUAUUUUCAUUAAAAUAAAAAAAUUAAAAUUUCGUUAAAUACGAAAUAAAGUUACAAAUUUGUUUACUAGUUUCUUUUUUUAUGACGUUCAAUGAUUUUCUGAUGUUUGAAUUUUUUGAACUUACUCUACUCUAAAUUGUCCAGCAUUUCUCUGUUUAAUGUCAAAUUUCCUCUGUUUUUUUUUUUACAGAAGUGAACUAUAAACAAUUUAUAUUCAUAGUCGGAUCUUACGUUUGACAUAAUCUUAUUUUUUACGUAUGCUCCUAAAUGUAUUUAUAAGAAACGAUUAUGAAUACCUGCGUACCGCCCUAUGAGCAAUAUUCAUAUAUAACAUGCUAUGUACCAGUUCGUUCUUUAGGGAUUAAGAUCUUAUGUGUGUACAUAAGAUCUUAAAUAUUUAUAUAAUUUAUAUAUAGAUAUAUAAAAUAUAUGGAAAAUUCUUUGUUCGAACUUAUUCAAUCUCUCAGUGAGUUACUUAUAAUUAGGUAGUAUAUUUCAUUAAUCGACGAAUAUAUGUUACACCACCAUGACACAAUAAUUUUAUAUUUCCUUUAAUUGAUGAGUGUAAUUAUUCAUAAUUAUAUAUAUUUCGACUAACUUUCUAUUAUGU